AUUGUGAUCUUUGUGAUGCCUCACCGAUUUCAAAAUGAUUUUAAUGUCAAGACAAACUUUCAACUCACAACACACUCUACGCAUGCUUUGGAUUCUGCGCUGAUCGGUGAUUCUUUUGCUUUCUAGACUCUUUACUCUUUGACGUAAUCUUUUUUGUUUUUUUUUCUCAUCAGUCAGAUUCUCAUUAAGGAAUAACUAAAGUGACAGUUUAUUUAUAUUAAAGUGACCAAGCCUUUUGUUUGUUUAUUUAUCUUUUUUUGUUUAUUUUGUUAAUUCUUUUGUCUUUCGUUGAUAAUCGAAUCAGAAAAUCACAUCACAACCAAUUGUUCUAUAAUGAUUAACGUUCGAGGUCUUCAACGGAAUGUUAAAAAUGUUGUUAAAAACUACACCGAGCCCCAGGUUAAAGUACGAGAGGCAACUUCGAAUGAUCCUUGGGGCCCAUCGUCAACUUUGAUGAGUGAAAUAGCUGAUUUAACCUACAAUGUGGUCGCUUUUUCUGAGAUUAUGCAAAUGAUUUGGAAAAGAUUAAAUGAUCAUGGCAAAAAUUGGAGACAUGUUUAUAAAGCUCUUGUACUUUUGGAGUAUCUAAUUAAAACUGGAUCAGAAAAGGUGGCUCAACAAUGUCGAGAGAAUAUAUUUGCUAUCCAAACUCUUAAAGAUUUCCAGUACCUCGAAGAUAACAAGGAUCAAGGAAUGAAUGUUAGAGAGAAAAGCAAAGCACUGGUUGCUUUGUUGAAAGACGAUGAAAGACUUAAAACGGAAAGAACUCGUGCUCUUACAGCAAAAGAAAGAUUUGCUCAAUCGGUUUCACUGAUGAACGCUCCAUCCGGUAUUGAAACUAUUCCCAAACCUUUAGCCAGUUUAGGUAGUUUUCGUGAAUCCAUAGCCUCCGCCUCAGCAUUAGAGGCUGGUAAACCUCUUCCAUCUGAUUUGGAAAGUGCAAGACCACAAACCAAGGGUGAAGAGGAGCUUCAAUUACAAUUAGCUUUGGCCAUGAGUAAAGAGGAAGCCGAACAAGAAGAUAGAUUAAGAAAGAACGAUGAGAUUCGUUUCCAAUUAGCUCUAAAUGAGAGUCAAAAAGAAAAGCUAACUAAGAAAACCGCUAUGGACGAUUUACUGAACAUCAGUGUUGGUUCUAAUCCUCCUUUACAUAAUUCGUCCACCACUGUUGAUCCAUGGUCUGUUUCGGGAGACUCUAUGGGAGCCGCUGCAUUCCCUGUACCACCACCACCACCACCGCCUCUACCCUUACAAUCUCUGGGAGCCUCGAGUAGUUUAAACAACACCCAGUCAUUGGCAUCGAAUGACCCUUGGUCCGUUGGCCCAGGUAAUCAUGUAACCAACUCUGAUCCUUGGAAUGGUAACUCUGGUCGAACCUCUGCUACCAAUGAUCCCUGGCAAUCUAGUCCACCCGCUUUAACACCCCAAUCAACGGAUCCCUGGUCAUCUCAAACGGGAGAAGAGAUGAUCUCUAAAAGUCCAGUCAAGGAAACCAUUUCAUCAAGUAUCAGUUUUGAUUCGGCGAUUUCAUCAAACACCCAAACAACGAGAAAAACACCAGAAAAUUUCUUGGGUCCUAACUCUAAUUUAGUUAAUUUGGAUGCACUUGUAAGCAGUAAAACCACAGGAGUUUUACCAGCUGGAGGUAAUCCUUUUGCAACUGUUCCAGUUUGUAAUCCGUUUCAAGCCGCUAAACCACCUCCACCCACCAUCAAUCAACUUCGAUCACAGAAUAUCUUCCCAAUGGGAAACGAUAGUAUUAGCUCAUUAACCGGUCCUCUGGGUCCAUCAACAAUAACACCAGUUAUGCCAGUUACGAUGCCCAAUAAUCAUCCAUUAUCAAGCCAACCAAUGGUGCCCUUGAGCUCUCCAUCCUCAAGCCAUAAUCCAUUCGCAAUGUAACAUUAAUGAUCCUGAUGAUAUUAUAACUAUAUACAUAUUAUUGAAUAGGCAGGAAAACAAAAACAUCAACAAGUUAAUCUAAACUCUGAUACAAAACAAGCAGACAGAAAAAGAUAGCAAAGAUAUUCUAUAAAACCAAAACAAAAAGUUAACAGCUAAUAAUCAAAUGAAAAUAGUGUCUUCGUUUUUUUGGCAUUUGGUGAUGAUCGCUUUUUGUAAAAUGGUUAUACAUAUAUAUACAUAUACAUACACAUCUAUUCGUAAAAAACACUCUGAGAAAAACCCAUUGGCAUGUUUCUCAAUCUCUAUCAUUUACAAUCAAUCACGGAAAAGAAAACACCAAACUACAUAAAAUUUAAAUUCCCCCACCAAUAACUUUAUAACCACCGCUUUUAUGUUACCGUCAUCAACAUCAUCGUCAACAACAUCAACAUUUUCAUCAUAAAUUCAAUCUCAUCAUUGAUAAUCAACAUGAACUUUUCUCUCUUUUUUUUUCUAUCUCCUUUUCUCUUUCCUUUCUAAUACCGGAAAAAUGUCGCGAUUUCUUUCAUUCUCCUCAUUUUCCUCAUCUUCCUUUUUUAUCCCUUCUAAAUCAUCUUUUCCUUUUUUUUUUCUUUAAUUCUUUUACUCUCAUUCCAUCAGGCUAUGAAGAAAAAAGCUGAAACAGUUUUGAUCUUAAUAAAUUUUAAUAAUUUAUAAAGUAAAUCAAUCGGAUUAACAAAUGUCAAAUCAAAGCAGAAGCAAAGUUGGCUACAUAAACAAAGUGAUAAGGAUUUUCAGUGUUUCCAGUUUUUGAUCAUCAAAAGGAAAAGGAGUUACAAUUAAAAGGAUAAUCAAAAUGUUCAUCGACAAAUGUGACUCACGUUUAAUUGUUUUAAAGAGGAAACUCUUGCUUGACCAGUUGAUGACCAUUAAUUGGAUCCAUCGCCACUUUUUUCUAAUCAAAUUUUUACAUCUCUCCCAAGUUAAAACUUCGACUACAUUUUUCUCCGUGUUCACUUACAAAUUAAUCAAAGCAAUUGAUUCACGUUCAUCAACCGAUUGGUAUUGAAAGAGAAACAGAGAAAAGGAAAAGGACGCAAUUAACGGAAUCCCGGUGUGACAUAUACGAAAAGGGCAACAAUUAUAAGGAACAAUUUGAGAUUAAUCAACUGUCUACAGAAUCAAUGGUGGAAUCUUUUUCUACCGGUCAGUUUAUCUUCAUCUUGAAAAGAAAAAUGUUUCUUUCCAUUUCUUCAGGUUUUCGUUCUUGUCUCAACUUCGUUAUAAAAUCAAAUUAACAAAUUGUAAUUUUCCUUUUCUACCGUUAAUUGGUUAUCACUUAUUUGAAAUCAUCUUGCCGACUCUUCAUCAUCAAUUCAUCAUCACAUCUCAUGUCCAGAAUAUGUGACCUUCUAAUUAUAUUUAGCUUAAAUUGCUGUGAAAAUCAUCAUCACCUCCUAAUCGUCAUUAUCAUAGUAAAAUCAACCAUUCAUAAUAAUGAGACAAUCUCAAAACUUUAUGAAUCGUUUUGAUUGUUAAUUGAUCGAGAUGACGUGAAAACCAUCAGCAUAAAUGACAAAUUAAAUGGUUCGACUUAAAAUUAAUUUGGAUUCAUUGAAAGAAUUAUUUUAAUUUGAUUAUUUGAAGGAACACUUUUUGUCUAUAAUGAUCAAAUAUCCUUGAUACCAAUAACUGUGAAAGAAAAAGUUGAUUAUAAUGUUGAAUAGAACUUGAAUCCUAAUUUAUUGAACUAAUAAUACUUUUUACAAUUAUAA